AAAAAAAAAAAAAAGUGGGCGGGCUGGGAAAGUUGCAAAGGCAGGAAGUGAGAGAAAGAGACAAAGUUUCCAAGGAGGAGGAGACAAAAAAGAAGGGGGAGGGAAGGAGGGAGGGCGGAGAAGCAAAAGGAGGAAGUGAAGGAGGGAGGGGAGACCUGCGUCUCUUUGCAAAACAAGGAAGGAAAUCCAAAGACAAGGAAGAGGAAGGAGGGAAGGAAGAAACCAUUGGGCCUGGAAGCCGAAGGAGAAGGGGGAGAUCGGUGAAAUGGAAGGCUAAGGAGGGAGAAGGGAAAGCAGGCGUGGGAUCCCCCCACUUCCCCCCUGCUUUGCAUGCUCUCCUUCCAACCCAGAGUUGGGGGAAGAGGCAAGGUAAAAAGGGACCCCUUUCCCCACCGCCCAAAGGAAGAACGGGAGGUGAUCCACGCACCCACGCGUCGCGAGUGGACUGCGAAAGAGGCGACGUGGCCUCCUUGGUGUUGGCCCCCUUGGAGCUCAACGCGCAGGCGCGAAGAUGUGGAGGCUGGCCCUCGUCCUCUUCGGCCCCCUGUUGGGUGUCAUUCAGCCCCUUGAAAGUUACUCUUCUCCCUUUAUGGGAGUCUGCCAAGGCUACCCCGAUAUCCGGAGAGAGGCCCAAGGCUUGAUCCGCAGUCCUUCUUCGCAAGGGAUGUCGUAUAGUAGCUGCAGUUGGGUCAUUGUGGGCGGACCAGAGGAUAUCAUCUAUGUCAGGUUCCAGCACUUCCAUCUCUCCUGCAGCUCAGGUGUGCUUAUUGUUCGGAUGCCCUUGCAACCUCCCCGGAGAAUGUGCGGCUACAAAAACCCUGAGCCCCUCCGGAUAACAGGGGGCAAUGUGACCCUCACCUAUAGCUGGAAGUUUCUGACGGAAGAUGGGUUUCAGCUCAAGUAUCAGAAAGCCCAUCCUCCGAUCCAAUGCAACCUGACCUUGGACAGUUUCUACGGGGUCCUCUUUUCGCCAGGCUUUGCCUCGGACUCUUACCUGGGGGAGGCCAAUUGCCAAUGGACCCUCGAUGCCCACGACAGCCGCCCGUUGAGCAUCCGCUUCACCCUCCUCGAAUUAGAUGUCAGGGACUCUCUCCGCGUCUACGAGGGGGUUCCUGGAGCUACUGGGAGCCCCCGCUUGCUGCGUAAUUUGGAUUACACCAGUAAUAACAAGGUGGUCACAGUGGACUCGCCAUCCAGCCGGGCCUGGGUCACAUACCAGGCGACGGCGGGAACAACGUUCCGCGGUUUCAACGCCACUUACCACGUGCGGGGCUUCUGCGUGCCGUGGGACUUCCCCUGUGGCGGUGGAGACGGUGAAGGAGCGACCUGCUACAGUGCCGCAGAGCGAUGCGAUGGAAUAUGGAAUUGUGCCAAUGGGGCUGACGAAGAAAGCUGCCGCGGGUGCCCACCUGGACAAUACGCCUGCGGUGGGCAAGGGAUCGGGGGUGCCGUCUGCUAUGGCCCCGCUGACCGCUGCAACUACCAGACCUUUUGUGCUGACGCUGCCGAUGAGCGGCACUGCUACAGCUGCCAGCCGGGCAACUUCCGCUGCCAUGACGGGCGCUGCAUCUACGAGAGCUGGGUCUGCGAUGGACAGGCGGACUGCAUUGACGCCUCUGACGAGUCGGAUUGCACCUAUGUCCUCCCGCGCAAAGUAGUGACGGCCACCGUCAUUGGCAGCCUGGUUUGCGGCCUUCUCCUAGUGAUAGCUCUGGGGUGCACCUGCCGACUUUAUGCCCUCCGCAGCCAUGAGUUCGGUAUAUUAGCCCCCAUGUCGCGAAUGGAGGCAGAACUUGUACAGCGCCAAGCACCACCUUCGUAUGGACAACUCAUAGCCCGGGGGGCCAUCCCACCUGUUGAUGGCUUCCCAACUGAGCAUCCAAGUCAGAAUUCGAUGCUGGGGAACUUGCGCUCUCUGCUCCAUUUGUUACGUCGCCAGCCAACCACGGCCGGUGCCACCAAUGGGGGACACCACCAGCAUCGCAGCCGCUUUGUGCGCCGCGUGGUGAGACGCAUGCGCCGAUUGGGGUUGCUUCCACGAUCAGCCCCAUCUUCAUCUGCCACCACCACAGCCACAACAGCGUCACCCUCCGUCCCCGACAGCACACCUGAGCCAUCCCCUGGAGGCGAGGUUUCUGGCCAGACCGAUGAACAAGCACCGCCUCUUCCUCAGAAAGUCCCGCCCUGUCAAGCUGAACCAGCGCAGGACCCCCCGGCCCCUCGCCCUCCCACUCCGCGCCUCUCAGGAAUGAUGCACAACCUCCGGGUGCGGCUCUUCUCCCCCGUGGCCCCACAUUCGGCAGAGGGAGGGGACCCACUGAGCCUUCCCCCGUCCCCCGAGGAGGAGGACGACGUGCUCCUGGUGCCCCUCACUGAAUCGUGGCUUGAAAACAUCAAUGCCGCCGCGAACUUGGAUGCUGAUGACGAACCCCUUUUGACAUGAGACGCCUUCUGUGCCACUGGAGCUGACGUGGCUCCUCUUUCCAACACUGGAUGCUGCCUUUUGAGAACAUCCCUCCAAGCGACAAGAAGAAGAACGGACCAGUUUCCAAGAGCCAAUCCCCGACGUCUUUCUCCCAAAGAGAAAAAGAAAGAGAUGAGCUAACAUCCUGUUGGUGAUUUCCAUUUGGUUCUGGCAAUAUAUACAGUUUCUGGGGACAUUGUGGAAGGAGGUAUGUGCUACCUACUUGCAUAGUGCCCUGUUUCAGAUAUACCGCAAGUAACAAGUGUGCAACAACAAGAAUGGACCAGCUUCUGAAAGCCAAUCCCCGUCAUUUUCCCAAAGAGGUCUCUUUACAGUAGAAACAAGCUAGCAUCCUGUUGUUGAUCUCCAUUGAUGUAAUAGCUGGCCAUGACAGUGUAUACAGUUUUGAGAGCAUUGUGGAAGGAGGUAUAUGCCUUCUUUCAGAUAUACCGCAAGCAAAAAGUGUGCAACAACAAGAAUGGAACAGCUUCUGAAAGGCAAUUCCCGUUGUCUUUUCCCCAAAGGGACCCCUUUGCAAUAGAAACAGGCUAGCAUCCUGUUGUUGAUCUCUAUUGAUGUAAUAGCUGGUCAUGGCAGUAUAUACAGUUUUGAGAGCAUUGUGGAAGGAGGUAUGUGGUACCUACUUGCAUAGUGCUCUGUUUCAGAUAUACCGCAAGCAACAAGUGUGCAAUGACAAGAAUGGACCAGCUUCUGAAAGCCAAUCCCCGUCGUUGUUUUCCCAAAGAGGUCCCUUUGCAAUAGAAACAGGCUAGCAUCCUGUUGUUGAUCUCCAUUGAUGUGAUAGCUGUCCAGUUUUGAGAGCAUUGUGGUAGGAGGUAUGUGUUAUCCGGGGACACCGAAAUACCUAAUGCAACAUCCUCCCAAAGUCACUGAUCAACUAUGUAGAUGUGACCAAAUAUGGUCCAGAAGAGCUUGAAGAUGGAAGAGAUUAUGGAGGCCAGUCUUUCUUUCUACGCCAGUGGUUCUCAACCUGGGGUCCCCAGAUGUUUUUGGCCUACAAGUCCCAGAAAUCCCAGCCAGUUUACCAGCUGUUAGGAUUUCUGGGAGUUGAAGGUUGAAAACAUAUGGAGACCCCAGGUUGAGAACCACUGUUCUUCAUAUACAAGGAAAACCAGACCAUAUGUGAGCUCAUCCAUGUUCCGGGUGGAGACUCUGCUGCAGAUAUGGGCAAAUUUGGCCUUCCAGGUGUUUUGGACUUCAACUGCCAUCAUCCCUAACAGCCUCAGGCCCCUUCCUUUUCCCCCUCCGCCGCUUAAGCGGCAGAGGGGGAAAAGGAAAGGGCCUGAGGCUGUUAGGGAUGAUGGGAGUUGAAGUCCAAAACACCUGGAGGGCUCAAGUUUGCCCAUGCAAAGUCUAUGAAUCCACUGGAACUGCUUUGAAGUUUUUUAACAGAGAGAUCCUCUGCAUUUCUAUUUGGAGGUCAAUACCGCUAUAUGGAGUGGAAUUUACUCUUCCGCAAAUGCAGACGAUUGCGACAUGGAAGAUAUUUUGACUUUCUAUUGAUGAGACCUUUUUAUAGAUUAUUUUUUACAAAGCGCAGCCAACGAAGUUAAUUUUUUGCACAGGGGGAUAUCCAAUCAGUUGUAAACAAGGAGGGGUUUAUAUGAAGAAGAAGAUGAGAAAUAUCUCAAUUAAGUUAAGAAGUUAGAAGUGUUCAUUGCUUUUUUAUUGCUUUCACAGUGACAGAAAGCAGGGAAACCGAUAUCCAGAUUAUUUAAGAAAUACGUAUUCGGGAUAAGCUUGUGUACGUUGAAAACUGACUUUAAAAUACAUUAAAAGGUGAGGGCUGCCUCUGUCCACUUACAUUUAAAAAUUAAUUUUAAAAUGAAGUGAGAUGGAAUUUUCAGUCAAGGCAGGAUCCAACUUGUUUUUAAUGGGUUGCUGUGAGUUUUCUGUAUGGCCAUUUUCGAGAAGCGUUCUCUCCUGAUGUUUCGCCCACAUCUAUGGCAGGCAUCCUCAGAGGUUGUAAGGUCUGUUGGAAACUAGGCAAGUGAGGUUUAUAUAUUUGUGGAAUAAUGUCCAGGGUGGGAGAACGAACUCCUUUCUGCUAGAGGCAAGUGUGAAUGUUUAUUAGGAUUGAAAGGCCUUACAGCUUCAAAGCCUGGCUGUUUCCUGCCUGGGGGAAUCCUUUGUUGGGAGGUGUAAGCUGGCCCUAAAGUCAAGACAGCAAAUAAGGAACAAACAGAGGAAUUCCAGACAUGAAACAAUCAGGGCCAGCCAGGCUUUGAAACUGCAAGGCCAUUCAAGGCUAAUCAAGGUGGCCAAUUGCAACAUUCAUGCUUGCAUCAAGCAGACAAGAGUUCUUCCUCACAUCCUGGACAUCAUUCCACAGAUAUAUAAACCCCACUUGUCUAGUUCCCAACAGACCUCACAACCUCUGAGGAUGCCUGCCAUAGAUGUGGGUGAAACGAGAGAAUGCUUCUCGAACAUGGCCAUACAGUUCAGAAAACUCACAGCAACCCAGUGAUUCCGGCCAUGAAAGCUUUCAUUGGAUCUUCUCUUGGCUGUACUUUGAUGUGACCCAUUGAAAUAAAUUAGAUUUCAGUUUAAAUUUAAAACGAAAGUCCCAUUGAUUCCAAUAGGUCUGUAUGCAUGACUGGGUUUAAGACACAAAUCCAAUAACUCUUUUAAGCUGUCUGAUUUUUUUUUGUCCUAAUUGAAAAGCAAAGGCUCAGUUUCAAGUAUUGUUCUUGACUGACAAGAAGAAAGAGAUGAUUGUACAAUAGUGUUUAUAUCACUGCCCGGUGCUUUCUGUCUGAUUUACAAAGCACAUAAUGUAACCCUCUUGAAAAUAUAUUUUUAAAAAAUUAUAUGAAAGGAAACUUGUGGGUGUAAAUGGCGGCACUCGAAGUGGGGUAGUCGUGAUGGCGAGAGCCAACAGCGAGGCUGAACGAGGAAUAUAAUAGUCCUUUUGACAAAGGAUUUCGGUUCUGAAAGAAAACAAGUCUAGCCCACAUUCCCUUUUCCCCGUCUGCCACAAUUCUCUCUUCAGAGACUCAUUUGUGGAAAGGAGAGUCUUAAUGCCAAUCUUUGUAAAAAUGCACCAGUGGAGAAGAAUCAUAUAAUUGGGGGAAAAACCAUUAAAUACACUCUGGAUCAAAACGACGGAUGCAAAUUCCACAUUUUUGAGAGUUCAACAGAAAACUUUUGCAAAGAGUUGGUUAAACUAGUGCUUCCUUAUCACCCAAAACUAAGAAGUUUCGCGGGAAAUUUUUAAAAAUAAUCCUAUAAUUGGUUCCUUGAAAGGAAAUAAAAAUUGACUCCCUGAUAAUGGAUCUUUGUAGAGCAGGCAUGGGCAAACUUCGGCCCUCCGGGUGUUUUGGACUUCAACUCCCACAAUUCCUAACAGCCGGUAGGCUGUUAGGAAUUGUGGGAGUUGAAGUCCAAAACACCCGGAGGGCCAAAGUUUGCCCAUGCCCUUGAAAAAUUAAUUCAGAGCCCAAUAUAUCCAUGUCUUCUGUAGUGUAAACUCCAAUAACAAUCAUUGUGGUGGAUUGGGUCGCAUUUAUGAGUUAUAUAAAAAUAUGUUUGUUUUUUUCCCUCUUUCUCGCUGAGUUUCUUCUCGAGAUCUCUCUGAAUCAGUGGUGACAUUUAACGGGAUUCGGGAGGUCAUGUUUUCUUGCCGUUUUCUGUUUUCCUUUCCCUGAGUAUGAGACGCCGAUAGGAAUGAUAGUGUCGGGUUUCUGCGCGCAAAUAUUUGCACUGUGUAUUAUUUUGUGUGUGUGUGCAAUUGAGCUGUGACCACUAACCAUUGCCGUUCCUGAUUGUUAUUUCACCUUUUGUUGCCUUGAAAAGUUUUGCUAAAUAUUAAAAACAAAUCUUUUUGCAAUGCAA